GGGCACUGCAACCUUAUUGACUGUUUUGAGAGGAGACUGAUUUCAACACUCUUCAUUUAUAGCCAGCAGGACACACAAUAGAAAAACCUCGUUGGUGAAUUUUUUAUUAAUGUUUGCAGUCUUUAGCUGGUCCAAAAUGAUUUAUUAUUGUAUAACUAUCAGCAACAAAGUAUUUUAAAAAACAAAUAGUCAUUGUCACUGGACCAAUAGCUAGCAGCUUAUGCUAACUAGCUAGCUUCACGGCUUAGCUAGGUCGGUGAGCCUAGUUACUAAAAUACCAAAACAUUGUUUUGAGUGAGUUUGUUUUAAAUUGAGCUAUUUGAUACUGAUAACUAGCUAGAUUAAACAGAUACUGCUCGAUUUAAAAGCAAAUCCAUCGACUUGAAUCAAAAGAGAGGUUAGCUAUCUAGCCAUUGUGCGCAUCGGGAAAUCGCAACAAAGAAAACGUUUUUUGUUUUGCUGGAUCAGCUGGCAAGCUAGCUGUGUUGUAAACGACGACGUUCUCCGACAAACGUUAGCAAGAUUAACUAGUUGGCUAUUUUACCAUGGCGCAACAUGGUCCUGUUCACGUAGCAAGUUCACAAAAAGCAUUAAUGCUAGAAAUGAAGAGCCUUCAAGAGGAGCCAGUCGAGGGCUUCAAAAUAACACUGGUAGAUGAAGCAGAUCUCUACAAUUGGGAAGUGGCCAUUUUUGGACCUCCUAACACUCACUAUGAAGGGGGCUAUUUCAAGGCUCGUAUCAAGUUCCCCAUUGACUACCCCUACUCACCACCUGCCUUCCGUUUCCUCACCAAGAUGUGGCACCCCAACAUAUAUGAGAAUGGGGAUGUGUGUAUAUCCAUUCUGCACCCUCCAGUUGAUGACCCUCAGAGUGGGGAGCUGCCAUCUGAGAGGUGGAACCCUACCCAGAACGUCAGGACCAUCCUUCUGAGUGUGAUCUCUCUGCUGAAUGAGCCCAACACCUCCUCCCCGGCGAACGUGGACGCCUCCGUCAUGUACCGCAAGUGGAGGGACAGCAAGGACAAGGACAGAGAGUACGCCGAGAUCAUCAGGAAGCAGGUAUUGGCCACUAAGGCUGAAGCGGAGCGCGACGGGGUGAAGGUCCCCACGACACUGGCCGAAUACUGCGUCCGCACUCGCGCCCCGCCCCCCGACGAGGGCUCCGACCUCUUCUACGACGAUUACUAUGAUGACGAGGAUCUGGAGGAUGAGGACGAGGACGACUGCUGCUAUGAUGAAGACGACUCGGGUACGGAGGAGUCAUGACGCGGCCCACCUGGGAGCCUGGACGGUUGACACGUGCGCUCCCUGCACUCUCCUCCCAUAGGAGAGACUGUUCUGAAAGUACUACUUCACAUAUUUUAAACCUCUCACUUUUUCAAUCCUCAGAAUCCAAGCACACUGUCAUCUGUGCAAAGUCUGCACCUGUUAUUUACAGAAAGUAUUGACUAAAAUAGAGCUAAAAACAUGACAUGCUACCUUAUGACCCUGUUUGACUAUCUGGAAAAAACAGGUGUAAACAUUGCGCUGGUGAAAACACCUGGUAAAUCAGAUCUCUGAUAAGUUUUCCCUUCCUCAACUUGCCGCCGCCUCCUCGUUCACUCACACUUAUAGUCAGAUACUCUUUUGCCUGAACAGGCGACUGAAAACUUCUUCACCUGUCAUGGUGUCUUUGUGUGAGCGACACACCACUGAACAUACAGCAGAACUUAUUUAUCUCCAAGAUAAGGUUCUGUCUGGCUUCUCCUCCCUUACAUUUUUGUGCGAGGAAAACUGACUCUGUCAAGAUACUUUUUGCAACAUGGUGUUUCUGCAUGUCAGACAUCUUGGACGCAAUCAUAUGUGUCAGCAUACUGGUUUGUUUGAAUUUAGUAAAAUAAAUACUAUUGUGAUCAUGGAAACACCAAUGACUUCUGUCUGGGGGUUGAGCUAGAGUUGCGGCCCAAACCCAGUUUGAAUGUUUUAGCAUCGUUUCUACAACUUUUCGCUGGCCUGGCCGUAACUGUCUAAGGUGUUGUUUUGUUGUUUGAGAGUGGAGUGUGAGUGAUUCUAAAGCGCUCAAUGUAACGUUGUCGUGGCAACUUGGUUUUCCUGCAUCUGGAAGAAUUUUCUCAAGAGACCCACACCUUUCUCCUCAAGGUUCUCCUCUGCAAAGAAUGAUGGAGCACAAGUCUUUGGUGUAGCCCAACAACUGUAUGGAGAGGGGGAAAGUGCUUUAUGGGUUUAGCGUAAUGAUUUGCUGUUUUUAUUCUCCUCUCAUUGACAAUUAUUGGAUGUUGCAUUUAUUCUAAUUUGGCUUAAUUUAACUUUAACUCUCUCAGGAUAUUUAA